AUGUCUCUCAAGGCUGAACUCGAGACCUGGGCUGCUGCCCUCAAGGCCUACGACGAUGAAGACUUUGAUAAGAGUAUCGAACUCUUCUCGACCAUCAGCGACUCGUCCAAAAUCCUCACCAACAUGGGUCUCAUCUACGCUACUCUCGGCGAGCACGAGGCUGCCGUCGAACAGUUCAAUGCUGCCAUCCAGCUCGACCAAUAUCUCGCCGUCGCAUACUUCCAAUCCGGUGUCUCCAACUUUCUGCUCGCUCGAUACCCCAACGCUCUUGACGAUUUUGCCGAUGCUUUGCUUUAUCUACGGGGAAAUCCUUCCAUUGAAUAUGCCCAGCUCGGUCUCAAGUUUACCCUAUAUGCCGCAGAGGUCCUCUUCAACAAGGGUCUCUGUCACAUCUACCAGGGACGCGCCGAAAUAGAUAGGGGAGAGAGGGAUGGCCAAGUCGAAAUAGGUAUGGGCAUGAAGGAGCUCCAAGAGGCACAGAAGGAGAAAGUCACGGACGAGCACAAUGUCAUCGACGAUGCCAUCAGGGAGAAUGCAGAGGGAUAUACUGUAUUUAGCAUUCCUGUCGGAGUACUCUACCGUCCGUCGGAUAAGAAGUUGCAGAACGCAAAGACUAAGGAUUAUAUGGGCAAGGCGAAACUUGUCGCCGCAGAAGAUGCUAGUGAGGCGUUUACGGAGUUCACUGGCGCCGCACGGAUGAAGAUGGGCAUCAGUCCAACUGGUUCCACGGAAUUUAUCAGCGGUGGCCUCACGCGCGCCGUAACGGUCGCAAACCCUGCUCCUCCUCCUAAGGCGCAAGAAGGCAUAGACCGUCCUAGGAUCCAGCGGGCCAACACGACGAUCAAUGUUCCUGAUCGUUCCCGCUCCGUCCCCUCAAGCCCUGCAGGUGCAGAUUCCCCCGGUCUGUCUCGUCCUCCGGCCAGUGCCGUUCCUGCGCGCUCUCCUAGCACACGAUUGGCGCGUAGUGGGACAACCAUUGGAUCAGGAUCGGGGCGCAUGCCUGUUCCCCCCACGCGUGGCCUCAGCAUUCGGAAGCCAGGCCCGACUAUGGACGCUGCGCAGCUCCCCAGGGGGAUGCGCACUACGACAGAAUUUUACGACACGUAUCUCAACUCCUACAGCGAUGACCCUCUGUCGCCAGUCGCCGAGCAGCCGAUCACCAUGGCGCGCUCAAAUACCGCGCGCCGCGCGCCGCAGCGCUCGCAGUCGACCUCACGGAACGUCGGCGGGAGUAUACGUAGGAAGCCGACGCGCCGCGGCACCGUGAAACGUAGAUAUGACGACGAAGAGGAGGAGGAAGGGUAUGCAAGCGGUGACGCGGAGGACGAGCUGGGCGACAUUGCGAAGAUCCGCGUGAAGCUGCACUACCGUGACGACGUGCGCGGGAUGGCGCUGGUGCCCGACAUGUCCUGGGAGGAGUUCGUCGACCGCGUCACGAGCAAGUUUGGGCGUCCGCUCGAUGGCCUGGGCAUGCAGUUCAAGGACGAAGAUGGGGGGAAGGUAACGCUGCGUGACGAAAUGGACUAUGAGCUUGCUAUCGAAACCGCCCGCGAGAGUGCCAAGGGCAGGUCCGAGGGUCGGCUUGAGAUUUGGUGUACCGACGAGUGA